UCAGUGUUUGUUUUAGUUUUAGCAUGAGCUAUAUAAGUUACCUAGCCAGCUGCUAACAAUUUAACCCUACCAAUUUGUAAUUUUGUCUAAAAAUAACAAGUCAACUAUAUGUAUGUUGUUGUAACUAUGUUAGAAAAACAUGGCAGAAGACGAGCUUCUGGCGUUCAGAGAGCAUUGGAAGCAAGAACUGACGAUUAAAAACGAGGCGCAUUCGAACUGUAACGUUACUCUUCAACCAAGUCGGGAAGACUCUAAAUUAAAACGGUACUUUGAAGAUUUUGGUCAGAACAGAAGUGAACCAGAAAAAAGACAGGAUUCGACAUCACAGGGGAGCAGUAAGGGAGGACAGGAUGCAUUUUUGUCUGCAGCAAAAACUCCAAAGGAGGACCAACCCGAGUAUGUGUCGAUAGCCGAGGGCUUGCUAGAUGGAAGGACCAGUCCCUUGUUGGAGAGGAUCCAGGAGGAGAGGACUCGAAGGAAGAGACAAUACCACAGUCUGACAAGCGCCUGUAACACCUCCUCCCAACAACAACCCCAGAGGAAAAUUAACAAGGGUGACAAAUUAGUGGAUCAAUUAAUUCAAGACCUGAAUGAGACAAAUGACAUUCCCUUCUUUGACAUUGAGUUGCCCUACGAGUUAGCUCUGAAGAUCUUCCAGUACCUCAGUCGGACAGAGCUGGGGCGAUGUGCUCAGGUGAGCAAGGCGUGGGGGGUCCUGGCAGAGGAUGAGGUGCUGUGGUUUAGGAUGUGUCAGACAGAGGGUUAUCACCACGGGGCCUCUGUCUCUGACUCCCCCUGCUGGAAGAGCAUGUUACGAGACUGCAGGAACUCUGAAAACACUGUGCGCUCCAACUGGAAGAAUCGUGUUGGAUCAAUCAGCCAACUGCAGUACGAGCUGGGGAAAGUGUUGUGUGAUGUCAGUUCCUGUGACAGCUAUGUUGUUGCUGGGUACACGUCAGGGGACGUGAGACUGUGGGACACCCUCCACUGGGACUCUGCAGCCUCCUUCCUGAAGCCAAGCCCCCUGACGGCAGACGUCACCCCCAGACCUCACGUCAGUCACAUCCGGGUCAACAACACUGUGGCUGUGGCUGCCUAUGACGAUGGAUGUGUGGAUGUGUGGAGCACAGAGACGGGACAGGAGCCCGUCCACCACUUCCAGAUCCCUGGGAGGGUCCACGCCCUGGCUCUGAGCCUGGAGAGCCCCACCUUGGCUACUGCUGCUGGGCUAGACGUCCGGCUGGACCAGCCUGAUGAGAGGGGCUACUGGAGGACCCUCUGCCAGGCCACGCUACCCAAACCUAGACUCUGGUCCCAGGUGGAGUCUAUGGUCGUGGUGCCAUGGGCCGGGGGGCGAGGAGGGGACAGUGUCCCCCUGGUGGCCCUGUCUGCUGGGGAGACGGUGUUCCUGCUGGCCCCUGAGGACUUGGAACCCCGGGUGCUCCACACCGUCUACGGCCACCCCAUCACCUGUCUGGAUGCCUCGGCCUCUCACGCUGCCCUGGGGGUCAAGAGCUGUGGCUGGGCCAUGAACGAUGGAGGCAACAAGAUCCAUGUGUACAGCCUAGAGACGGGCCAGUCGGAGAUGUCUGUGGGGAACUCAGCGGGAGACUUCUCCUGUGUCAACCUGAGAGACAGCCCUCCUCACAUGCUCAUCUGUGGAAACAAAGAUAGGAGGGUGAGGGUGUUUGACCUGCGCACCGGCUCCUCUGUCACAUCGCUGUAUGCCCACCACAUGGGCGUGACCUCCGUGCAGGCAGACGAUUGGAAGAUUGUGAGUGGCGGAGGUGAGGGAUUGGUCUGCGUCUGGGAGAUGAGGAUGGGAGCUAAACUGUGGGAGAUGCACAACAGGCACCCAGUCAGACACUUGAGAUUCAACACUAGCACUCUGGUGACAGCCAACAUCCCAGACGAGAAGUCUCCACGAGGGGCCUGCAUCACAGAUGACGACCUCACAGCCCACCGCAGACAUAGGGGAGUGAUUUGCCACUAUGACUUCUCAGAGGACUCCACCUCCCAGGACCAUGUUCUGCCCAUCUGCAGGUCCAACUAUGUGGAGUCAUCUGGCUACAACUACAACAUUGGCCUGACCGUGCCCUAUGACAUCCUGUCUGGUUCUCACCCCUCCCACUGACCCUUAUCACCAGCCCUUCAGACCCCAACUACUAGUACCAUCAGCCCUGCCUACCCCUUCCACCAGCCCAUGUUCUGCCCAUCUGCAGGUCCAACAAUGUGGAGUUAUCUGGCUACAACAACAGCAUUGGCCUGGCCGUGCCCCUACCACCAGCCCUUCAGACCCCUUCCACCAGCCCUUCAGACCCCUACCACCAGCCCUUCAGACCCCUACCACCAGCCCUUCAGACCCCUACCACCAGCCCUUCAGACCCCUACCACCAGCCCUUCAAACCCCUUCCACCAGCCCUUCAGACCCCUACCACCAGCCCUUCAGACUCCUUCCACCAGCCCUUCAGACCCCUACCACCAGCCCUUCAGACCCCUACCACCAGCCCUUCAGACCCCUACCACCAGGCCUUCAGAACCCUUCCACCAGCCCUUCAGAACCCUUCCACCAGCCCUUCAGACCCCUUCCACCAGCCCUUCAGACCCCUACCACCAGCCCUUCAGACCCCUACCACCAGCCCUUCAGACUCCUUCCACCAGCCCUUCAGACCCCUUCCACCAGCCAUUCUGACCCUUACCACCGACCCAUCAGACCCUGCAGACCCCUACCACCAGCCCUGUAGACAGUAUGUACAAAGCAAAUCAGCUUUUAUAUAUGCUUUUGAUUUUUCAAACUGAAUCUGAUUUUUAAUUCGUAGCUGUCCUUAUUUUUAAAAGAAGGUCAUGUUUCCUUGGACUGUUAAGGAGUUUGAUUUAAUCUUGCAAUUUUUUCCUAGAGCAAUGAAUUCUGAAUGGAUUUCAUCUUAUGAUGGGAUCAUGUUUUGUUAAAGAUCCAGUGCAGUCAAACAUGUGAUUUUUCUGUGUUUUAUAUAUAUUUCCACAUUGAGGUUGUGAAAUUUGAGCAUGAUGAUAUUGCUCUUUUAGUGUUUGGUUAGUCUGUUCUGUUUUGGUGGCAUAGAUGUUUGGUGAAAUCACCAUGCUGUAAAUUAGUUAAUAGAGCAAUAAGAAAGAUGGUUUCAAAACCCUGCCAAUAAUAGCUAAUUUUCAGUUUUCUCCUUACCACUCCCAGUUAUUCCUAGCUAAAUUUUUGCUUGAGAAAUUUCUCUUUGCUAAGAAGCUACUUCUGUUAAUCUUUUACCAUUUUACUGUGAAACAAUCACAGUAAGGUACUUAAUUUUUACCCAGAAAUGAUUUGAUAUUGAGAUAGAAACUGCUGCAUUGGACCUUUAACUAGACAUUGAAGUUGGUACUGACAUCCUCCAUAAAUUGAUGGGCAACAACGGUCACAUGGUCCUUUCACUUAAUUUACUUCAGUGGAAUUGCAGAUGGCAGUCUUAUGUCUUCACAAGAAGAUGGAAGCAAAACACAAGUAACUCCAACAAUUCUUCAUCUCAUAAUUUCUUUAUUUUUAAUUAAUGACUACAAUAUGCGUAUACAUUAUUGCAAAGGCUAUUACAGGUUCUUUGGAUAUAAAGAACAAUAUUCAUCUAA